CCAGAUAAUUAACAAAACAAUUAUUUAGGAAUAAAUCUAAUUAUUGUUUUAUUUAUGUAUAUUUUAUUUUGAUAAGGACGUCGCACAACUUCCGGUGGAUUGUAUUUCCUGUUCCAGCUUGAGCUCUCUCCAUGGCAACCAGAGUAGCCACACGGUUAUCACAUCCCGUUACUUUCUCUGGAAGCUAGGAGCCGAGAGUUAUUCAGCAGCGACUCAAAGAUAGAAGAACAUUAAAAUAUUAGUGAUCAUUGUUUUAAAUGUUGAACAAAAGAGUUUAGAUAAAUGACGUCCUCACAAAAAGCCCGGUUUGGAAGCGAAGCGGCGCGAAACACUAAAUGGAGAAUGGCAGCUCCCUCUGACCCACCGCCGAAGCGUCCUGGUGCGGCCCCCCAGCCUUGGCCCGUCCGCCCCCAACUUGCAGAGCGCGCCCACGGGUCCCACYCCACUCCUCUUCCUCACCUGCCUCUCUUCCACACCCGCCAUGCAGAGGAGAGCGCRGAGCGGCCUCGCUUGGUCACUAUCGUCCGACCGAGUGGCCAAAGUGAACUACGGAAGGUCACUGUGCUGUUGAACCGAAGGGGCGUCGUGUCCUUUGAGCAGCUGCUGUUGGACAUCUCAGAGGCGUUGGGGUUUCCACGCUGGCACAGAGGAAGAGUCACACGUCUGUACACGACUCACGCACGAGAGGUUAAGGGCGUGUGUGAUUUCUUCCGUGGCGAAGUAGCCUUCCUGGCUCUCGGUAAGGCUCGUCCUGAGCUGAGCAGCGUGCAGGACGCUCUGGAGGAACUGUUUCCAGAGCACUCGCAUUAUCGUGUCAGUGUGCUGCGAGCCUGGGAGAAGAAGCUCCGGCCAGUGCCAAACAAAGCUGCCAAGGCUGACAGUGGCUACGGCGAGGGGACCGACAGCGGCGGGYCCAACCACGAGACACGCCGGGACACGGAUCCAAACGUCAAGAAUCGUGAUGGUGCAGAACAUACAGCCACGCAUCAGCAAGACAGCUACAGUCCCAACCCCCAGAAGUCGUACAAAAAGAGUUUGUGUGGAAAACCUGCUCACCUUCCCAACAACCUGCAGAYGUUACGUGUGAGAGGAGGAGUCAAAGAGCAGCCUUCUGGUUCUGAUGCGUUUAGAGACACGGGGACACCUUCUCCCAUACUGUGUGAGAACUGCUUGGCAAGAAGGGCGAAACAUGCAGGUCCAGAACUGAUGYGCACCCUGUCAGGACGGGUCCCCCUCCCUCCUGUGUUGAAGAAACCAAAAGAAAGUUCUCAACAGGAAGRGAAAKGGUCSGCUGUCCGUAUCAACCCUCCACCUCCUCGGCCAAUCAGAAGAGACGGGGAGAGGAGUUUGAUGCAGCUACCACCUCUGGCUCCAGCUCACGCAGACGCUCCUCCCUCAGACGACGGCGACCUCACCUCGUCGGACGUCGAGCGCCUCUACGAAAUCGGACGCGUGAUCGGCGACGGGAACUUCGCCGUGGUGAGAGAGUGUCGCKGACGGGGCGACGGCCGAGCCUUCGCCGUGAAGAUCGUCGAGCGCUCCAAGCUGGUCGGCCGCGAGCACAUGAUGCAGAACGAGCUGAGCCUCCUGGCCAGUCUGUGUCAUCCUCGGAUAGUGCGGCUGCUGGCGCACCAUCACACCUGCACGCACUCCUACCUGGUGAUGGAGCUGGUGAGUGGAGGGGAUCUGUUCGAGACCAUCAGCCAAAGGGGGAAGUUUCCAGAAGCUGAGGCGGGACUGAUGGUGUCAGAUGUGAGCGACGCGCUGAAUUACAUCCACUGUAGGAGCAUCGUCCACAGAGACCUCAAACCAGAGAACCUACUGAUCGAGAAAGUUACUGCUGCCAUCUGUCGCCUGAAGCUGGGAGACUUUGGUCUCGCCAUGGUUGUGACUGAACCCGUCUUCACCAUAUGUGGCACACCGACGUAUGUAGCCCCAGAGAUCCUGCGUGAGACAGGUUAUGGUGUAGCAGUGGAUGUGUGGGCUCUGGGUGUGAUUCUUUACAUCCUACUGUGUGGCUUCGCRCCAUUUCGAAGUCGGGACAGAGACCAGGAAGAGCUCUUCAAGUUAAUAAAACAAGCACAGCUUCACUUUCCAUCCCCUUACUGGGACUCCAUCUCAGAGGAAGCUAAAAGCCUCGUCAGAUCUCUGCUUCAACCGGAUCCCGCUGUGAGGCUGACGGCGGAGCAAACCCUCCAGCACAAGUGGGCGAAAACGAUGGCUUCAAUAUGCAGGCAGAGGGCGCUCACAGACAAAACUCAGGCUUCAGAAGAGCCACAGAGGGUUCAAAGACCUGCUCAGACAGAUGCAGCAGAGUCACUAACAGACAGAACAGCAGGACGCUGCGGCAGCAAGGACAAAAUCACUCUCAGGAGAAACGAUGAGCUCACAGCAAGAGGAAAAGAUGAGACUAAACCACAAAACAAAGGUAGUCAAGACAAACUUCCUUUAACCUCUGGAGAGCAGCAGAAAACACAGGAUCCAGGUCCCAGGCUGCCAAUAACUGAGCCCGGUGACCUUAUUCAUUGUGCUUUGUCUGCAACCCAAACCAAGUCAUCACUCCCAGAAUCAAAACCCAACACCAAACCGGAGUCACCUUCAGAUUCACCUGCUUCACGCAAAACCAGCACUCCAAACCAGAGCAGGUCACUCAGCUCAACUCCACACAUCGUCCAAACCAGCUCAGACUCUCCUUCACCAGCACUACAGCUGCCGCCCUCCUAAAACACCCCGCUGAGAACCCUAACGAGGAAAACCGUCAGUCCUUUUGUCUCUGUGGACAAUACCUCCCAAUUCUUAGCAGCUGAAUCAUCACAUAACUAAACUAUCUAUCUUUUGUAGAUUCAAAUAUCAAGUCACCUAUUGGGAAGGUUCUGUUAUGUAGCAGUAAGAACGAACACUCGUGCUUUUUAAAAAAAACUUUAAGCUGUCACUUUCUAAAAGUCUGACACAGUUUAUUAUAUACUUCUAACCUAAAGUAUCAGCAACUUUUCCAGCUCCUGUAAUAAAUGCUCAUGCAUCGUACUUGACUGUUUAUUUUUAUGAGGUUGUUUUUGUCGACACGCUGCAGCUGAUUAGAUUUACUCUUAAUGGCAAUCUGCAGCGGCGUCUGCAAAUCAAAGUGUUGUGAGAUCCUGUGACAAGUGUUGCUCAACACUGAGGCUGGUGUGAGACCACAGCUCCUGGGUACACUGCAUUUCUGAGGGGGGUAUCUCUCCCUCGCCGUGCCACACAGGCCAAAUAAAGCAUAUCUUUGCAACCAAUAGGGGUGGUUAAUCCUGUCCCUUCCUCCCUCUGGACUG